AAUUGAAUGGAAAAAAGAAAUAAUAGGAGACGACUUUUUUAGAGUUCUCCACUUUCAACAACAACCCGGAAACAGACAGAACUGAAGUUGGAAACCUCAUAAUUUGAUCUUCUUAUGUUGUUCUUCACAUGAACCAAAAUCAAAAACACAAACAAAAACAUGGGUUGUGGAAACAUGUUCUUCACAAUUUUAAUAACAUUCUCAGUAUCUCUAAUAACAUACAACAUCAUCAUCUCAGGAAAUGCUCCUCUACAACAAGAUUUCCCUGGUCCUUCACGUAGACCUUCAAUUACUGUUGACCCAUUAAUCAAGAUGCCACUUAAUAGAAAAAGAUCUUCUCUUUCUUCUUCCAAGAGGUUGUUUCAUACUGCAGUUACAGCUUCUGAUUCAGUUUACAAUACAUGGCAGUGUAGAGUCAUGUAUUAUUGGUUCAAAAAGAUGAAGGAAUCGAAGGAUGGUUCUGAUAUGGGUGGCUUUACCAGGAUUUUGCAUUCUGGUCAAACUGAUCAAUUUAUGGAUGAGAUCCCUACUUUUGUUGCUCAGCCUUUGCCUUCUGGAAUGGAUCAGGGUUACAUAGUUCUUAAUAGACCAUGGGCAUUUGUACAGUGGCUUCAACAAGCAGAUAUCAAAGAAGAUUACAUAUUGAUGUCAGAGCCAGAUCAUAUAAUUGUGAAACCUAUACCCAACUUAGCUAGAGAUGGAAUGGGAGCUGCAUUCCCUUUCUUUUAUAUUGAGCCUAAGAAAUAUGAAACAGUGUUAAGGAAGUACUUCCCAGAGGAGAAUGGACCUGUAACCAAUAUAGAUCCAAUUGGGAACUCACCUGUAAUUGUUGGCAAGGAAUCCCUUAAGAAGAUUGCUCCUACUUGGAUGAAUGUUUCCCUGGCAAUGAAGAAGGAUCCUGAAACUGAUGUAGCUUUUGGAUGGGUGCUUGAAAUGUAUGCUUAUGCCGUUGCGUCUUCUCUCCAUGGUGUUAUUAACAUAUUAUACAAGGACUUCAUGAUUCAGCCUCCAUGGGACAAAGAACUUGGAAAGACAUACAUAAUUCACUACACUUAUGGUUGUGACUAUACAAUGAAGGGUGAACUGACCUAUGGAAAGAUUGGAGAAUGGAGGUUUGAUAAAAGAUCUUAUGGUGAUGUUGCUCCUCCAAAAAAUCUGACAUUGCCACCACCUGGUGUUCCAGAAAGUGUGGUGACUCUUGUGAAAAUGGUGAAUGAAGCUACAGCAAAUAUUCCGAACUGGUCGUCAUAGGGUGUUCUCAAGAGGGUUGCAAUGUGUUGACACGGAUUGGCAACGUACACCAUGUAUCUGUAAUUCUAAUGUAGAUGACUUUAAACUUGAGGCAAACAUGAAUUUUUUCAAAGCUUGAUAAAAAAUGUGGUGUUAAGUCGCUGUCCAAACGUUUUCUUUUAAUUUUAUUGGUUGUAGUUGAGAAGACGACAAUAAAUUUCGGCCAGGAAAAAACCAAUAGCCCUAAACUUUGA